AUGCAGAAUAAUAAAUUAUUAACUAUUGAAAAAUGUCAACAUGAUCGAACUAUAAACUGGCUUUUAAAAACAAAUCGUAACAAUUCUUAUUUACCCAACAGUAGAUCAUUGAGAUAUUCAUCUUCAUCAUCGUUAAGUCUUUUAGAAGAACAAUGUUUAAAAUUCAAGCAACAAAGAAAAAGAAAGAAAAUUAUCAAUAGUAGAAAUAUGAGUGAUCAUGAUUCUAUGAGUUCAUUAUCAACAACAGUAAUCAUUGAACGAAAUCGACAAGUUUUAUCCAAUACAAUUUGUAAUACAGUUGACAUAUUUGAUGAACAUAUUCAUAACCUUGAUUAUAUUCAACAUCGGAAAAAAUCAUUAUUAUCACAAAUAUAUACUUCAUCAAACAAACAUCAAACAAGUCUCAUAAAAGUUCAAUUUAAUUGA